AUGCCUGGCCACAGCACAGGGGCUAACCAUAAGUCCUACUCCCACACACACCACCACACAGCACGCCCCAGGGCUGAUGGCUACAGGCAGGGCCGCACCAGCUCCAGGGACCACACCGUCAGCCAGGAGUCCGGCCGGGGACACCACGGCGAACAGCCCCGCCACUCCGAGACCCAGCACUCCCGUAAAACGCACCAUCGCCAUGCCAACGGGCGGGGCUCCGAGACCUUGGGUUUCAUCCCGGGUUCGGCAGACUCCCCUCAGGGCACGCAUGCCUGUGGAUCCUGUGCCUCUCUUGGCUGGAGCGGAUGCAAAGCCCUCCUGUGCUGCGUUCUCACCUGCGGGCUGUACGGCACCCGAGAGCCCUGCCUUCCUGUUAACGAGAGCUCCACGGAUACCAAGGUGAAACCCGAGCAGGAGCCCCGUCCGACAGCCAACGGCAUUGCCUUGUCCAAUCCUACUUGCGGGAUAACACUGGAGCCCAGCAAAACCAGGUACUUGCCCAGCUCUGACAGUUUCCGUUACCAGGAUGUCUGCAUUGCAGGCAAGAAGGUGGAUUACCCGCUCAACUCGGAGGCUCCGCCUCGAAGGAGCCGAACAGCCGGCAAAGGGGACAGCCAGCGUCCCAUAAGCAACACCAGCAUCUACUCUCGCGAGGAUUUAGACCUGGAUGACCUGAGCGACAGUGGCACGGACAUUGACUCCCUCAUCACCAAGAAGCUUCUGGAGCUGUACAAACUGCACCAGAUCGAACAGCUGGCCAAGUGCACUUCCGACACCUCCUUCUCGCGCAAAACCAACGAGAUCAGUGAUCUCAUCAACAGCAUCGCUCAGGACUACAACCUGGAGGAGCAGGAGGCGGAGUGUCGGCUGGUGCACGGCGUCAUUCGCAUCAGCACGCGCAAGGCCAAGAGCCAUUAUGGCCACAGGAACAAGGACUACAACUCCCAGGAUGCCUUGCAGCCGAUCAAUGGGAGGAGGGAUGGAACCCUUCCUGACAGUGGCAACGAGACAAUGACAUUCACAAAUAGCAUGGAACCUGAGGUUAAGCUUUCCGAUCCGACGCCUUCGGAUGAACUUGCACGAAAAAUGAGGGGCUACAGUAGCAGAACGUACUCCUCCAGUUCAGCCUACUCUCCCUACCAGAAUGAGACAGAUUCGUCCGGUGCUCCGUUGUUGCACUGA